AUGGACUUCAAUAGCUCUUCGCCCUACCCAGAGGGCGUCAUAUCCUUUCUGGAUACUGAUCUGUACAAACUGACUAUGCAAUGCGCUGUCUACAAGUACUUCAGAGAUGUCCCUGUUACCUACGCUUUCACCAAUCGUACCCCGGACAAGAGGCUGUCGAGAGAAGCCUACAAGUGGCUGGAGGAGCAGAUUACCAAGCUCGGUAACAUCUCCCUCCUCCCUGAAGAGCUGGAUUUCCUCAAAGAACACUGCAAGUACCUCAACGCCGAGUACCUCGAAUUCCUACAGGAGUUUCGUCUACACCCGCGCGACCAGGUCGUCAUCAAGUUUGUGCCGUUUGGAGAAGACACGGGCGCCGCCACAGAUCUGGGCGAUGUCUACAUGGCCAUCAAGGGAAGAUGGGUCGACACAAUCCUCUAUGAGAUCCCCAUCUUGGCCCUCACCUCAGAGGCCUACUUCAAGUUCAUGGACAAGGAUUGGAACUACGAUGGCCAACAGGAGAAGGCAUUUGAUAAGGGCUUGAAGCUCCUCGAGGCAGGCUGCAUCUUCUCCGAGUUCGGCACCCGCCGGCGCAGAGACUACCAUACCCAGGCGCUCGUCUUCAGAGGCCUCGUCCAGGCUAGCGAGCAAGGCAGCCAGCGUGGCCUGCCCGGCAAGCUGUCCGGAACCUCGAAUGUCCACCUUGCUAUGCGCUUUGGCAUCCCUCCCGUCGGCACCGUCGCCCACGAGUGGUUCAUGGGCAUUGCGGCGAUCAAGAACGAUUACGCGCGUGCGACAGCAGAGGCACUGCGGCACUGGGUCAGCUGCUUCGGCGAGGGCGUGUUGGGUAUUGCGCUCACGGAUACGUUCGGUACGCCCGAGUUCCUGAAGGCCUUCAACCAACCCGUCGAGAAGCUCCCGGACGCACCGGCUACCACUGGCACCGACAACGUCCAGCAGUCCAAGACAUAUGCGGAGGUGUUCACUGGCGUCAGACAGGACUCGGGCGACCCGGCGGAGUUUGUCAAGACCAUGCAAAAGUUCUAUGGCAGCGUUGGCAUCAAGGACAAGAAGGUCAUUGUGUUCUCGGACUCGUUGAACAUCGAAAAGUGCCUCGAGUACAAGAAGAUUGCAGAAGAGGCCGGCUUCCAGCCUACCUUUGGCGUUGGCACAUUCCUGACAAACGACUUUACUCGUCUCUCUGAUGGCAGCAACUCUACGCCGAUGAAUAUCGUCAUCAAACUAAGCUCAGCAGGCAAUAAUGCGGCCGUCAAGAUCAGUGACAAUAUUGGCAAGAACACAGGCGACAAGGAAACGGUGGAGAGGGUCAAGCGCGAGCUUGGGUACGUUGAGAAGGAUUGGAAGGAGGGUGACGAGAGCAAGAGAUGGGGCGUUGACGGCAACCAAGCAAAGGCGAACUGA